AUAAGGACCCUCGUUUUACAGUUUGGGAUUUAGGUUUCCUGGAAGCUUUGCUCAGUGUUCUCCUCCACCGGAACGCUAAACCCCUCCGCCUGCAACCGCCGUCGCUGCCUCGCCGGAACCUCCAGUUCGCACCUGCAGUUCGCCGCUCCUCCCGUCGAGGGUGAUGGCGGCUUUGUCGGAACCCGUAGGUGCAGAAGGAGAAGCUAUGUCAGUGGAUGCUGCUGCCCCGAGGAAGCCUCGGAUCCUGCUUGCUGCUAGUGGGAGUGUUGCUGCUCUCAAAUUUGCAAAUCUGUGUCAUUGUUUCUCUGAAUGGGCUGAAGUAAGAGCAGUGGCUACCAAAUCUUCUUUGCAUUUUAUUGACAGGACAGCGAUUCCCAAGGAUGUGAUUUUAUAUACAGAUGAGGAUGAGUGGUCUAGUUGGAAGAAACUAGGCGAUAGCGUGCUUCACAUUGAGCUUCGUAGAUGGGCUGAUAUCAUGGUCAUUGCUCCUUUAUCAGCUAACACUCUUGGAAAGAUUGCUGGAGGGCUGUGUGACAAUCUACUGACUUGUAUUGUGCGAGCUUGGGACUACAGCAAGCCAUUCUUUGUUGCACCAGCCAUGAACACUUUAAUGUGGAAUAAUCCUUUCACAGAGAGGCAUCUUAUUUCCACUGAUGAGCUUGGGAUUUGUCUCAUUCCCCCUGUUGCAAAGAGAUUAGCUUGUGGGGAUUACGGCAAUGGCGCGAUGGCCGAACCUUCCACCAUUUACUCGACUGUUAGACUGUUUUAUGAGUCAAAGUCUGUGCAGGGUAAUGGUGAUGUUUAACAAUUUUGACAAUUGUAGAAAUAUAUGAAUGGUGAAGGUCUGGAUUUGACCAUCUGAUCCUGUUUUAUUUACAACAUUGUAUUUAGCAUUUGUGACUUGUUGUGAGGUGAAUGCCAGUGAUGCUUGUAUAUGUCUCUUAAAAUGGUGACUUUUGACUUCAACUUGUACUGGUUUCAGUCUGUAGAUUAUAAUAAUAUACUCCUAUUGAUGUUGCA